CGGUUAGGUAGUGGAGGAACAAAAAAAGAGGGUGAUGACCCGUCAAAAGCCCAGUAGGCCAAAUGGGCCUCAUGAUAUAUACGGAGAUUUAGAGUGUCGAAGGAUUGUGUGUAAUUUUGGUGGAGGAUGAUGACGACGACGACGACGACGAUGAUGCGGGGAUUUCAUUUUCAGUUGACUCUGGUUCUGGCGGUGAUCACUCUCGCCGCCCUUUAUCCUAGAGAUGCCCUUACCGGAGCUGAAGCUGCCACUUCCACUUCCGCUUUCGUUCAGAACGUCAUCUACUCUAACAGGAUUGCUAUGUUCUCCAAAUCCUACUGCCCAUAUUGCUUGGGUGCCAAACGUAUAUUCAGCGAACUCCAUGAAAAACCUUUUGUUGUGGAGCUUGAUCUUCGAGAUGAUGGAUCUCAAAUUCAGAGUGUUCUACUAGACCUGACUGGAAAGCGGACUGUUCCUCAAAUUUUUGUGAAUGGCAAGCACAUUGGUGGCUCUGAUGAUCUGAAGGCUGCGGUUGCCAAUGGUCAGUUGCAGAAACUUCUGGCUUCAACUUGAUUGCCUUCUUGGAACGAUGAACCACAUAUUUAUUGAACUUAAGCUACAUGAGCUGUGUAGAUGAGUUUAACGUUGUGAAAACUUUUGAUAAUAUUUGUUAUUCGUUUGAACUCUGCAACAGAGAAUUCUGUUGCAAAUUUCGCCCUCUACUUUAAUGAGAAUCUGCAUUUUUUCUUUUCAUUAUAUGAAAGCCAUGUUCAAAAGGUGUUUGAUUUGGAUA